UAAAGCUGCAAAAAUCAUCCAUUUUCUUCAGCAAAAACACUCCCAUUGCAACCAGAAGCAAUAUCUGCCAGACCCUCCAUGGUAUCCAACACCAGCUCUCUUGCAAAUACCUUGGCUUACCCCUUCAAAUUGGCCAUUCUAAAAGACAGACAUUCCAAUAU